AUGCUCUGCUUUGCCAUGGCGAUUGCAUACCGGAAGAAGAAGAAGAUGGAUUCCAGAUUUUGGUGGCUGAUCCUCCUCGUCCUCGCCCUGGCCUCCGCCGGAGCUCGCUCUCAGUCCACCGAAGCCCUUGGCUUCCUCUCCAUCGACUGCGGCAUCGAGCCCGGUUCGGCCUACGUCGACCCCCUUUCCAACAUCUCCUACGUCUCCGAUGUCGGCUUCAUCGACACCGGCGUCAACCGCAACAUCUCCGUCGCCUACGUGGGAGACGUCAGGCCCCUGCGGCUUCGCACCCUCCGCGCCUUCCCCAACGGCAUCCGCAACUGCUACACCAUUGGGUCGCCGGCGGUGGCACAGGGGUCCAAGUACCUCCUCCGGGCGUGGUUCCUCUACGGCAAUUACGACGGGCUUGACGGCCAGCCGUUGGCCUUCGAACUCCACUUAGGAGUCAAUUACUGGGACAGGGUGAACGUGACUGACUCCGCCUCAUUCUACGUGUCGGAGACCAUCACGGUGGCCGCCGCCGGGUACUUUUCGGUGUGCCUGGUGAACACCGGCACGGGGACGCCGUUCAUCUCCGGGAUCGAUUUGCGGCCGCUAAAGAACAUUCUAUACCCGGCGGCGAACGAGUGGCGGAGUUUGGUGCUGUUCAACCGGGCGAACAUGGGAGUGGCGUCGGGCUACACCAGGUACCCGGCCGACCCGCUCGAUCGGUUGUGGUCGCCAUGGAGCUCCACCAACUGGAACGACGUCUCCACAAACUUCACCGUCCAAAACCUAGACCAGGACUUCUUCGAAGCUCCCUCCGCCAUCAUGCAGACCGCCGUCACCCCCAUCAACUCCUCCACCCUAGUGAUCAGAUGGGAUGCCUUUCCUGGCGACGUCAACCAGUUCUUCCCCAUCCUCCACAUAUCGGAGAUCUUUGAUCUCUCUGGUACCAAUCAAUCGCGGCAGUUCAACGUCUACCUGAAUGGAUUCCGGUGGCUGCGGGACAUAGUGACCCCCCCUUACCUCUACUCGGACGCCAUCUACAGCAACGUGCCUUUCCCUUCGUUCCCCACCUAUAACGUCUCCCUCGAGGCUCUCAGCAACUCCACUCUCCCGCCCAUACUCAAUGCCUUCGAGCUCUACACGACCAUGAGCAACACCUCCGUGCCCUCGGACGCUGGAGAUGUUGAUGCCAUGACAGCAAUCAAGGAGCGGUAUCGGAUCCAGAGGAAUUGGAUGGGAGAUCCAUGUUCGCCUAAUGCUUUUGUUUGGGAUGGACUAAAUUGUACUUAUAGCUUCUCAGCUUCUCCAAGAGUCAUUGCUCUGAAUCUGUCAUCAAGCGGGUUGACUGGGGAAAUAACCAAAUAUGUUGCUAGUCUUAGUGCACUUCAAUACUUGGACUUGUCUUACAACAAUUUAACAGGGCCAAUACCUAAUGAUCUAGCAAACUUAAGUUCUCUCAAACUACUUGAUUUGACAGGCAACCAGUUAAAUGGAUCAAUUCCUUCGAACCUCCUUGAAAUGGCACAAAAUGGGUUACUUACCUUAAGACUGGAUGGGAAUCCACAUCUUUGUGACAAUGGUACAUCGUGCAAUGUGAUGCCCACGCCAAAAAAGAAGAAAAUAUCAACACCGGUGAUUUUGAUUCUCUGUAUAGUUCCAGUGUUAAUACUACUUGUGGUGAUAGCGAUAGUUUGGAGGGUGAGGAAAACACAAGGUUUGACAAGAGGCGGCUCAGUGGAUCCACAGAAUGGUUUCCCAAAGCAAGCAGAUAAUUCAUUGCGUCUUGAGAAUCGCCAAUUCACGUACAUUGAAUUACAAAACAUCACUAAUAACUUUCAAAAGAUCCUAGGCAAAGGAGGAUUCGGGUCUGUUUUCCAUGGACGUUUGGAAGAUGGUACUCAAGUUGCAGUCAAAAUGUUGUCCCAAUCAUCAUCACAAGGAACAAAAGAGUUUCUUGCUGAGGCCCAACACUUGACUAGGGUUCAUCAUCGGAAUUUAGUUUCUUUGGUUGGUUACUGCAAUGAAGUAAAUCAUUUGGCUCUUGUCUAUGAGUUUAUGUCUCAAGGAACACUACAAGAUCAUCUGCGAGGCAGGGCAAACAAUGAUAGAGCUUUAAGCUGGAGACAACGUCUUCAUAUUGCAAUUGAUGCAGCACAAGGGCUAGAGUAUUUGCAAAAAGGAUGCAAACCACCAUUAGUUCAUAGAGAUGUGAAGUCAGGCAAUAUCCUUUUGAGUGAAACUAUGGAAGCUAAGAUAGCAGAUUUUGGGCUUUCAAAAGCUUUUUUAAGUGAGGCCAAUAGUCAUAUAUCCACUGUAGUGGUGGGAACUCCUGGAUACCUUGAUCCUGAGUAUUACAAUACCUUCCAGCUCAGUGAGAAAAGUGAUGUGUACAGCUAUGGAGUGGUUCUUUUGGAACUGAUCACUGGGCUACCUCCAAUAGUUCCAGGUACAGAAAAUGUACUCUUAGUUCAGUGGGUACUCCAAAGGCUUUCUAGAGGAAUUAUUGAGGAUGUUGUAGAUCCCAAGCUGGAACGGGAGUAUGACAUAAACUGUGUCUGGAAGUGCGCUGAUAUCGCAUUGAAAUGCACGGCACAAAGAUCCCAACAACGGCCAACUAUGACAGAAGUUUUGAUACAGUUAAAAGAGAGCUUAGAACUAGAAAACUCUCAUUAUAACACUGGGAAUACAGUCACACGUAGUGAAAAUUUAUAUUCAGAAGUAAGUGAUGUGAGCCUGAAUAGUGUUCCUGAGAUUGGAGUCUCUAGAAUGACUGAGAUGUCCGGACCAACGGCAAGAUAAACAAGGGUAUGCUCGAUUUUUUCUCUUAAAACUAUGUCAUUAUGGAUGUUAAGGAUCAGAAAAGUCAUUUGCUUGAAAUUUAUUAUUGUGUAGUUGUUUACAUGUUAUUAUUUGUGGGAAGAAAAAUAGUAUUUGGAGUGUAGAUGACACUUUGAUUUUCUAUGACAAAAAAACUAUUGUGUGUCCUAUUUCAUCUUAGAACAAUCGUCUUGUAUUUUCUCAAUGUAUCUCUUUGGUACACAAAAAAUUUCCUAUUUUUUUGUU